GUGGUUAUUCUCGCUUUUCAGCACCACCAGGAUAUAAUGUGAUCGAAGUCUAUCCGUUCAACAACCCACUUCGCAUCACAUUUUGGACUCCCUCAGAGUCCAUUAAAACGCCCCUGGCAC